AUGGCUGAUCAAGAGAUUCGCAAACGACGUGUUGUUCAGGAGAAAGGUGAAGGUCGUAAGCAGAAUCGAUCUGCCAAAGUCUUCAAAAUUGAUAAGGAUCCCGAACCAACCAAUUGGUUCUUCAUAAUUGAAUUAAUUCUAUUGGUGAUGAUCGUUGUUUUGACUGUGAUUGAUGCUAUCAGCGGAUUCAAGAUGUACUCAUUUUUCUACAACAAAAUUAGUAAGUUGCUUUGGUCGAAUUAA